AUGGCUAAUUCAACCGCUGUAUCUUCAUGGGAGGUAUUUAUAAACGAAAAUUGCUUUCAGUCACUUGAUCAAUACACACGAACCCUUCAGAUUGAAUAUUCAAUUCCUUCAAAUUUCCUUGACCUCACAACCACCAACGAUGGUGUACCCUUUGACAUACUUACUCAUGACUGUCUGCAGAAGGUAUUUUCUGUUCUUUCGAAAUUAUGCGAGAAACCGGAUUGGAAUCCUGGUUAUAAAUCCAUAUUUACUUUCCUUUGUUUAAUAGCCAGACGACGUGAAAACCGCCCUAAGCUGCUUAUCCACGAGCAUCUCCUGAUUACCGAUCAAUUACUCUCCCACUCGCUUCAACAAGAACUAAGAAGCUCUGAGCAUUCUCGCGAAUGGAGUGAAGUCUUUGAACUCGGUUCCAAAUUUAUCGAAUGGCUUUUCGAUCCUGAUCUCACAUGGAGAACUUGGCUGGCAAGAUUGCAUUCCUUCCGACUUCCACCUGAAUCCGUUCGGCCAGAAAAAGGCAAUGCCUAUUCAUCGACCUGGCUUAGAGAUUUCAUUGCGACCAAUUCGACAAAACUUCCGCUGGAUCAUUUGAAACGAGUGCUCCACUUGUUAUGUUCGGAGGUUGCCAUCACAACUGUACGUUCUCUCGAAAUUUUUCAUUUUGGAAUACAAUGA